GGUAGAUAAUUGUGAUUCGAUACUUUUCGAUAUAUUUUAGUAGGAUGCUGGUUAUAUAAUAUUGUUCUAUGGCUGUAGCAAUAAUAGUAGAUCCGUUUCGUUAGCUUGUUAAGAUUGUGUUUUAAACUGAUAAAAGCUAUGUCUGGAACACAGAUGAAGUACCCAUAUUCACUGGCUGCAAAAAUUAGACGAUUUCCAUUUCAUCAUUACAUGUUUGUAGCAAAGAAUGGUUGGGUAUUUAGAUAUUGGGCAAUUAGUACAAUACUUUGUUUACCUCUGUUCUAUAAAUUCCAUAAAAUGAGUCAUGCUCCAGAAAAUGUGAAAAAAUGGGAAGAGAUCCACAAAGAACAAUUUUCUGGGAAAAUGCAUCAUUAAAUUAUAAAUUAAAAACAUUGUAGUAUAAUGUGAAAGAGAAAUAUAUAUAUCUGAAUAUAUAUGAAUACAAUUUCAAAUUGUAUAUAAAAAUUCUAUUUAACCAGCUUCCGAUUUAUUAUAUAGUUUAUUAUAAACAAAUUUCAUUUGUAAAUCUAUUUUAAAAGUUUAUUACCAAAUUAAUCGUAUAAAACAUACAUGAUUACAAAGAACUGCUUCUACUGCUGUACAAUAUAAAGAUUAAUGAUAAUUUGUACCGUAGAUUUCAUGUAGGGCCAGCCUAAAAUUUGUAAUUUUCAAAAAAUAUGCUGAUUAUUGCAAAAAAGAAAAAGAGAAGCAAAAAGAAAGAUAAGUACUAUUAAUAUAUUAACAAUUUGAUAAAAUCUAAAACAAAAAUGAAAUAAAAUCCUGAAGUUUCUGUA